GACGCUACGGGCAGCAUGGCGGCAGAAAGUGGGAACGACUCGCAAUUGAGGCGGAGGAGGCAUCGAGACACGGAGGAAACGGAGGAAGCAGAGCUCAGUGGGAGAGACCUGACAGCCGCAGAGUCCUCAGAAAACAAUGAAGAGAACGAAGAGCGCUGGGUCGGGCCUUUACCUGUGGAGGCAACAUUGGCCAAGAAGAGGAAAGUUCUCGAGUUUGAAAGAGUCUAUCUGGAUAACCUGCCCAGCGCGAGCAUGUAUGAGCGGAGUUACAUGCACAGAGAUGUUAUCACGCAUGUGGUAUGCACCAAGACAGAUUUUAUUAUCACUGCCAGUCAUGAUGGACAUGUUAAGUUCUGGAAAAAAAUAGAAGAAGGAAUUGAAUUUGUCAAACAUUUUCGUAGUCACUUAGGCGUUAUUGAGAGUAUUGCGGUGAGCUCGGAGGGGGCCCUGUUCUGUUCCGUGGGCGACGAUAAAGCCAUGAAGGUGUUUGACGUGGUGAACUUUGACAUGAUCAACAUGCUGAAGCUUGGCUAUUCUCCAGGACAGUGUGAGUGGAUCUAUUGCCCUGGAGAUGCCAUAUCUUCUGUUGCUGCCUCUGAGAAGAGUACAGGAAAAAUCUUCAUUUAUGACGGUCGAGGAGAUAACCAGCCGCUUCAUAUUUUUGACAAACUGCACACAUCACCUCUUACUCAGAUACGGCUGAACCCAGUUUACAGAGCGGUGGUCUCUUCGGACAAAUCUGGGAUGAUUGAGUACUGGACUGGACCUCCUCACGAAUAUAAAUUCCCCAAAAAUGUGAACUGGGAAUAUAAAACGGACACAGACUUAUAUGAAUUUGCCAAGUGCAAGGCUUACCCAACCAGCAUAUGUUUUUCACCUGACGGGAAGAAAUUAGCUACUAUUGGUUCUGAUAGAAAAGUUAGAAUUUUCAGGUUUUUAACUGGAAAACUGAUGCGAGUCUUUGAUGAAUCAUUAAGUAUGUUUACUGAACUGCAGCAAAUGAGACAACAGCUACCAGACAUGGAAUUUGGCCGACGAAUGGCUGUAGAGCGUGAGUUGGAGAAAGUGGAUGCUGUACGGUUAAUUAAUAUAGUUUUUGAUGAAACUGGACACUUCGUACUCUAUGGAACAAUGCUGGGCAUUAAAGUUAUAAAUGUGGAGACAAACCGUUGUGUGCGGAUCUUAGGCAAGCAAGAAAAUAUCAGAGCGAUGCAGUUGGCUUUGUUUCAGGGGAUAGCCAAAAAGCAUCGUGCAGCAACCACCAUAGAGAUGAAAGCUUCGGAAAACCCUGUUCUCCAGAACAUGCAGGCUGACCCCACCAUCGUCUGCACGUCCUUUAAGAAGAACAGAUUUUAUAUGUUUACCAAACGCGAACCAGAAGACACAAAAAGUGCAGAUUCUGACCGUGAUGUCUUUAACGAGAAACCUUCUAAGGAGGAAGUCAUGGCCGCCACUCAAGCUGAGGGACCCAAGCGAGUCUCAGACAGUGCCAUCAUCCACACCAGCAUGGGCGACAUUCACAUCAAGCUGUUUCCCGUGGAGUGCCCUAAGACAGUGGAAAACUUCUGUGUCCAUAGCAGAAAUGGUUAUUACAAUGGACAUACAUUUCACCGUAUAAUUAAGGGCUUCAUGAUUCAGACAGGAGAUCCAACAGGGACUGGUAUGGGAGGAGAAAGCAUUUGGGGAGGAGAAUUUGAAGAUGAAUUUCAUUCAACAUUAAGGCAUGACAGACCAUACACGCUCAGCAUGGCCAACGCUGGAUCAAAUACUAAUGGAUCACAGUUUUUCAUAACAGUAGUACCAACGCCUUGGCUUGACAACAAGCACACCGUGUUUGGACGGGUGACCAAAGGAAUGGAAGUUGUGCAGAGGAUCUCCAAUGUCAAGGUCAAUCCCAAAACAGACAAGCCUUACGAGGAUGUCAGCAUCAUAAAUAUCACUGUCAAGUAAAUGUGAUUUAUACAGAAAAAUGCCCAGAAUUAAACACAAGAUUAUUUUACAAUAGGAACCUUAAGAUUUGCUGAACCUAUAGAUCAUGUGUCAAAGAUACAGUGCGGUAUUUUUGUAUUUGCCAUUAAACGCCGUUGUUUAAGAA